AGUUGGCAGUGCAAGCAAGACGCGCUCCAAGGCAAAGCCAACGAUAUCACAUACCCAGCCAGGAUUAGUCCAGACGCGUGUGUGUGCGUGCGUGCGUGUUUCUGUGUGCGUGUGUGUGUUAGCUAAGACGCGUGUGUCUAGUGCAGCAGUGAGUGUGCGUGAAAAUGACAUUCAGGCAAAAGCAUUUAGUGCUCCUGCUCGGCCUGUGCCUGGCCAUCAGCCUCAGCAGCAGCGGCUGCGAUGCGGCCACCGAGCAGCUAAGCAAUCUACCCGCCAGCAGCAGCCAUAAUGCGGGCGCACGCACUCUGCUCCGGGUCUAUGAUGAAUGCAAUCGGGCCGAGAGCGGCUUUGUGCCAUGCCUGAAGAAGAAGGCCAUAUCGUUUAUCGAUCGCAUUGCGCCCAUCGAUGCCAUCAAUGUGGCCGAUGGCAUCAAGCUGGUGCGCCUCGAGACGGCGCCACGCCCACCCGCCUACAGCGACAACGAGCUGGAGUCCUCGCUGGCCCGCUCCGGCAGCGAUCGGGAUGCGAAGCUGACGAAUAUGCUGAUUGAACGCUUGAGCUACUUCUUCAACGGGCACUCGCUGCAGGUCAGCUUCCCCAAAUUGACUUCCGAUGAGAUUGGACGCGGACUCGAGGAAGGCCGCGGAAAGAUGAAGAAAAUGGGCAUGAUGAUGGCCAUGAUGAUGGCCACCAAGCUGAUGGGCAUGCUGCCGAUUGCCAUGGGCGCGCUUUAUAUACUGGCGGGCAAGGCUUUGAUUAUCUCCAAGAUUGCUUUGCUCCUGGCCGGCAUCAUUGGGCUGAAGAAGCUGAUGGCUGGCAAAUCGUCGGGCGGCAGUUCCGGCUGGUCCUCGGGCGGCGGUGGCGGCGGCGGCGGCUGGUCCUCGGGCGGCGGUGGCGGUGGUGGUGGCUGGGACAGACGUUCCUUGACCGAGGCGCAGGAGAUGGCAUAUCGUGCGCACAGCAGGCAGCAGGCAGCCCUUCAGCAGCAGCAGCAGCAGCCAGUGGGAGCGCAGCCAGCGCUGGUCAAGUCAUAGACGCCACACACACACACACACAUAUAUACAGACAAAGAGCGAAACAUAUUCACACAGACAAAGUUCAUAGCUCCCUAGACUGCAUUUAUCUUGUAGAUAAAUCUAGGGGGGCUGACAAACUGAGACGAGACAGGGCUGGCAAAUUGUAAUUAGAUUUUCAUCAACUGCUUUCUUCGGCUCACUUUUUCUUUUCACACACCUCAACACGGCGAGCAACGGUCAAAUGCGCAGUUGCACCUGCGGAUACAUGGCUGCAAAUGUAUCUGUAACGUGAAGCUAACUUAAUCAUUGGCAUUUGCAUAAGACACAAAUCGAUUUGCGUAAUACGCACCCAGUUCCGCUUCCAUUCUAUGCCCGUUUACAGCUAUUCAAGUGCAACGUCUGUCUGAACUUUAUCUCUGCAUCUCUCCAUCUCGACUCCGACUCUCUUGGCCAGCUAACUGCACUCCCAGUUCCUGUUAUUUUUCAAUUAUUCAUUCACUCACUCACGUUAUCUUCUUUCAUUCAUUCUGCUCGGCUCCUGCUCUCGUUUCCAGCUCAUUUUUUCACGCGCGCAUUUUUCGAUUAGCUUUAAGCUUAAUUCAUUUAACUGUAGUCUAGUGUAAUAAUUUAUUAACAUUAUUUAUUUCUUAACUCUAGACGUGUCUCGCAUGUAAGCAGCAAAGUUUUUCAAGAAACACAAAAGUAACAAAAAAAAAAAAAAAAAAAAGAAGAAGAAUACAAGCACAAAUACAAAUACAAUUACAAAUUAUACAUAUAAAUAUUUAUAUAAAUAAAAGAUUUACGUGUAGAAACGCUGUCUUGGCUCAAUUUAUUAAAGUGUCUAGGCAUUAUCUGUCGCAAGGUCAUGUUAAAGUUCAGCAGCUGCGGCCUCACGUCCUCAGCCGUAUGCUGAUGUAGCUGCACGCAGAGGACACGUAUACACUUCCUGCCAUCCGGUUGCCAUAUGCCAAGCUGCUCAGUGUCCUUGACAACCUUUGUGCUGACUGCCAGCGCGUAUCCUGCGUAUCCUGUGUCUCCAUAUGCCGUCUGUCCGCCCACUCGAGCAGCGCCCACACACUCUGUACGACUGCGCCAGCUGAGGCCGGCACUGAAGUUUAUUGCUCCUGCAGGGAAUUCCAGAGGACAAAUGCAUGCAAUGCGAAAAUAAAUAACCAGAAUCUUUUAUUUACUCGGAUAAAUAUGCGUUUGCCAGCA